AUGUCUUCAACUUCUUCGCCCUCUCUUCGUAAGAGGGGCGGCAAGAAGGAGGGUACUCCCGGUCCCUCCGACCGUUCUGACGCUCUUUCGUCUUCCGUUCCUUCGAGUGCUGCCCGGUCAGAAUGGGACUAUCGGCUGGCCAUUACCAUUCUGACGGUGCUGGCGUUCAUCACUCGAUUCUACAAGAUCUCGUACCCUGACGAGGUCGUUUUUGACGAAGUGCACUUUGGUAAAUUUGCGUCGUACUACCUGCGGCGGACCUAUUUCUUCGAUGUUCAUCCCCCCUUCGCCAAGCUUCUGCUCGCCUUUAUGGGCUGGUUAAUUGGAUACGACGGCCAUUUCCUGUUCGAUAACAUCGGUGACUCGUAUAUUGAGAAUAAAGUCCCUUAUGUGGCUCUGCGUGCCAUGCCCGCAACCCUCGGUGCUCUCACAAUCCCCGUGGUGUUUAUGAUCAUGUGGGAGUCGGGAUAUUCCUUGCCAGCCUGUGUUUUAGCAUCGGGACUUGUGCUAUUCGAUAACGCCCAUGUUGGAGAAGAUAGGCUGAUUCUUCUUGAUUCAACCCUGGUUAUUACCAUGGCCUUGAGCGUUCUGUGCUAUAUCAAGUUCUACAAGCUGCGUCAUGAGCCCUUCAGCCGGAAAUGGUGGAAGUGGCUUCUCACCACUGGUGUGGCGCUCAGCUGUGUGAUUUCCACCAAGUAUGUUGGCGUCUUCACGUUCGUCACUAUUGGCUCUGCCGUCAUGGUUGACCUGUGGAACUUGCUGGAUAUUCGACGACCUGGUGGUGCUCUUAGCAUGCUCCAGUGGACCCAGCACUUUCUUGCCCGCGCAUUCGCCCUUAUCGUUGUCCCAUUCUUCUUCUACCUUCUCUGGUUCCAGGUUCAUUUUGCUAUCCUGACUCACUCUGGGCCCGGCGAUGACUUUAUGACACCAGCAUUCCAGGAGACUCUCAGUGAUAAUGCCAUGGCCGCUCAAUCCGUUAGCAUCGAGUACUUCGACAGCAUCACCAUCCGCCACAAGGAUACCAAAGUGCUCCUGCACAGUCACCCCGAGACCUACCCUCUCCGGUACGAUGAUGGCCGUAUCUCUAGCCAGGGCCAGCAAGUUACUGGAUACCCUCAUAACGAUACCAACAACGUCUGGCAAAUCCUCCCUUCUGUUCCUCUGGAGCAGAAUGACGGUCAAGGCCACAAGGUUCGCAAUGGGGAUAUUGUCCAACUUCGUCACCUGGGUACAGACAGCAUUCUUCUGACCCACGACGUUGCAUCUCCCUACUAUCCUACCAACCAGGAAUUCACCACUGUCUCGCGUGAGCUUGCCAAUGGCGACAGACACAAUGAUACCCUUUUCGAAAUCAAGGUCGAACACGCCAAGCCUAACCAGGAAUUCCGCUCCCUUUCCAGUCAGUUCAAGUUGAUCCACGUGCCCACCCGAGUGGCGAUGUGGACGCAUUCAACUCCUCUCCCCGAGUGGGCCUUCAAGCAGGCAGAGAUCAACGGUAACAAGAACAUCAUUCAGACCAGCAACAUUUGGUUUGUUGAGUCAGUUGAAAAUGUGGAGCCCGAUAGCCCUCGUCUCCAGAAGGAGGAGCGGAAAGUAAAGCAUAUGCCCUUCUGGCGCAAGUAUCUGGAGUUGCAGCGGGCGAUGUUCUUCCACAACAACGCACUGACUAGCAGCCAUCCUUACGCAAGUGAGCCAUUCCAAUGGCCGUUCCUUCUGCGGGGUGUCAGCUUCUGGACCAAGAACGACACCCGCGAGCAGAUCUAUUUCCUCGGAAACCCAAUCGGAUGGUGGAUCUCUAGCAGUCUUUUAGCUGUAUUUGCCGGCAUUGUUGGCGCUGACCAGCUUUCAUUGCGACGUGGAGUCGAUGCUAUUGAAGAGAUCUGGGGUGCUGGCUCCCGCUCACGCCUGUACAACAGCACUGGCUUCCUAUUUCUCUGCUGGGCUGCCCAUUACUUCCCCUUCUGGCUGAUGGGUCGUCAGCGCUUCCUCCACCAUUAUCUCCCCGCCCAUGUCGCAUCCUCGCUGGUCACCGGCGCGUUGAUUGAGUUUAUCUUCAACCUUGAACCCACCGCGGUCCCAACGACCGUGCCUACCUCUCAGGAUGAUCCAUCGGGCAAGUCAAAGACUAAACGCUUCGUUACUGCGAGAGAGCGCAUGGGCUUGAAGUCCAUUCUGGCUGGCUGGAUUGCUAGCCUGGUCAUCCUGGCAGCCACUAUCUGGGGCUUCUGGUUCUUCGCUCCCUUGACCUACGGGACUCCUGGUCUGGAUAUUGAAGGAGUCAACGCCCGCAAAUGGCUCGGUUAUGAUCUGCACUUUGCCAAAUGA